GAUAUCUAGCGGUAGAGAAGCGAGCUACACGCUGCCCUCACUGUCGUGAAAUCACGCAUGCCUUCAUCUGCCCACACUCAGUUGAAAGGUCGAUCUGAAGAUGGCAGAGUCAUUGAUUUGUAACAACACGCAAAGCAGGGUGAGUUCUGUGCUGAACAGGGAUGUCAAGCAGUUCGGAAAGAAGUUCAUGUUUGAUUCUAAUGAGGACACGUGCUGGAAUUCUGACCAGGGUGAAUCCCAGUGGGUUGUCUUGGAGUUUCCACAGCCUGUGAAGGUGUCCGAGCUCAGGUUACAAUUCCAAGGAGGCUUUUCAGGGAAAUCUUGCAAAUUACAAGGUUCUGCCAAAGAAGAGGAUCUUAAACAUAUUGUAGACUUCUAUCCAGAGGACAACAACUGUCUACAAAGUUUUCCCAUUCAAGAUGCCCCUUUGGUUCAGAGGCUGAAAAUAGUGUUUGAAAACAGUGCUGACUUUUUUGGAAGAAUAAUUGUUUACAUGUUGGAUAUCCUGGGGGGAAAGUUUUUGUAAUGUUUUGAGAAAAGGACAAAGAGGAAGUACAGUAUGAAGAGGCGGGAAUGCCAAACAACUUGUCUUGCUUUCACCUCUGGAUGAGGAAUUUUUUUCCAACUACUCGCAGGAAAAGCAUGAACGGAUGUUGCUUUUGCUCUCAUUUCCUUUCUUUCUACAGAGACUUUAUGGAUUAUAUUCACAUCAAGUCAAAACACAUGAACUACACAUUGGUAAAAAUGUUUUUUAAUAAAAAAAAAUUAUAAUAAUACAAAAA